AUGAUGGGUGACAUUUUUGCUUGUAUAGAACCAGAGUUGAUUGGAUUUAUUCAAUAUCAUGAAAGAAUGGAUAGCACUUAUUCAAUGGCUGUGUUAGUAAGACUGGGCCGUCAUGUUAUGUCUGCUAAUGAUACCGGCUCCUUUUUAAGUAUGACUUAUGGGUCUGCAUUAGUUCAUGUAAAAAGAAAUUAUGAUAAACUCAUGCACGCUCACUUAAAAUCAAUUCAAGAAGUAAGGAUUGUUAAAAAGUCUAAAUGUGGCAUACUUCCUUUUGUUGCCAACUUUGAGUAUUUUGCCAAGACAGCUGAACAAAUAUUUAAAGAAACAGAGCGUCGAACUGAUUUAGAUAAAUGGUAUCUUAAACUCUUAACUGUAAUGUUUGAAACUAUUCAUUCAAUUGCCAGUGAACACCCUAAGACUCCCGCCGAAGUUAUCAGAAUGGAGAACUUUCACCAUUUAUAUGCAUUGCUGUUUCAAUUAAAAAUUGGUAUAUUAGAUCAAUUCAGAAAAGAUGCAAAACAAAAGUAUAGUGAGGCAUUAAGUGCUUAUGUAACACGUUAUUUUGGUAGACCGCUCGAAAAACUGAAUUUAUUCUUUGAGGUUGAAGCUAAGGUUUCACAAGGUAUAAAAGAAUCAGAAGUUGGUUAUCAAGUGGCUUUCAGUAAACAAGAAUUAAGGAAAGUAACUAAAGAGUAUCAUGGACGAGAGGUGAAAAAAGGCUUCGAUCAUUUAUAUAAAAAAGUAGAAAAACACCUUAGUGAAGAAGAAAAUUUACUACAAGUGGUUUGGAGAGCUAUGCAAGAAGAAUUCAUUCAACAAUAUAAAUAUAUUGAGGACUUAAUUCAAAGGUGCUAUCCUGGUUCCAUGAUUUCAUUAGAAUUUUCCAUUGAAGAUCUAUUACAGUAUUUCUCAGAAAUUGCUAGAUCCCAUUAG